AUUGAAUUUGCGGUAUGUGUUGGAGUAAACGAACGUAGCUCGCCAAUUCGAGGACGUUUGGGACUCUUCGAACCCAAAACUGGCGCCGGUAGGGCUUGCACGCUAGAAGCGCCCAUAAAUGUACGACUACCAGCGCUUUAAGUGCUUCCCCAAUUCAUAACUCGCCGCAGAGUCGUUGACACCUUCCGUCACGAUUGCUGCUCUCAUUUCGCCCUCAAGCUGUAUUGACAGUGUCAAUCGAGCUUAUUAGCGGUUGCAACACCUCUCGAUGGAGGAUACAAAAAUCAUACAUCGCGUAAUCCGUCGGGUGACUGGUUGGGCUGUCAUCUCGUUCUUCACAGAGAUUCGGGUCGUUGGCGAAGAAAAUGUGCCGAAAGAUGGACCGAUAAUCGUGUAAGUAUCACGACGCAUGCGUUAUCUACGUACGAGGAGUGUAUGGAAUGAAGGAUUUGUGGGGUGUUGACAUUACGAAGGGUCUGCCUGCAUCUUGUGCUGACAGCAACGCAUCAUAACAUGAUGUUGGAUCCUGCUAUUCUCUCUUUAACGUUCCCCUAUCGUCGAUUAUUACACUAUUGGGCGAAAGCUUCGUUGAUGUCUCACCCGGUCGCGAGAUAUAUUUUGAGCUCAGCAGGCAACAUUCCUGUUGACCGCAAGUCGAAGGAUCGUCGGAAGCUCUUCCAAGGUACCUUCGAUGCUCUUUCACAAGGUCAAGCAGUUGCGCUAUUCCCAGAGGGAACGAGUUAUACCGAGCCGAGAAUCAUGCAGGUCAAAGACGGUGCUGCUUGGGCUGCGUUGGAAUACACGAAGUGGACGACGGAGCAUGGUAAUUCUGGAGACCCAGUAGAGAUAAUUCCGGUGUCAAUCGUGUACACCAACAAGAGCAAAUAUCGCAGUUGUGUCGUUGUUGAGUAUGGCAAACCAAUCACCAUGGACGAGUACAAGGCAGAGUUUCUCUCACCUGAUGAGGGUGCUCCUCGGACCGCCGUGAAACGUCUGACUGCUCAAAUCGAGAGGCAGUUGACAGAGACGACAAUCAACGCGCCUGACUGGGAUACGCUUUAUGCGGCUCGAAUGGCUAGGGAUUUGCUCUGGCCGGAAGAGAAUAUCAACCUGGAUGAAUUCGUCGUCAUUUCGCAGACUCUUGUGGAUCUUUUCUGUACCCCAGAUCUCGUCCCGAACUUUGCAUCCAUCAAACGGCAUCUAUUGACAUACUAUUCCUUGCUACAAUCAACGCACCUCACAAAUGAUGUGCUAACAUCCCUACCCCUACCUCCUACACUUGAUCCCCACCGACCCAUAUCCCUGCCGAGUCGAUUGGCAACGCUUUCUGUCCUCAUCCGGGACUCUCUGUCAUGUCUCAUUCGACUACCAUUCUUCCUCAUACCGCUGGCGGUUCAUUUUCCUUCAUACCUAUUGGCUCGAUUCGGUGCACGGCUAGUGGAGGAUGAGGAGGAAACUCAGGCUCAGAAUAAGGUCGUAUUUGGGUUGUUAUUCCUGUUCUUGAUGUAUCCAGCGACGUUCUUCUUUGUCUGGGCGUUCCUCCGGUAUACGCCGAUUGGUGCUUUCGUUGCCGCUGCUUUCGUAUUCUUGUUUGCGAUGUACCAUAACAAGUUGGUGAAUGAUAACUACGAACACGCUAAGCGACUAGCUGCUACCUGGCGAGUCUUGGUUGGUGUAUGGGCACCGAAGAAAUGGGACCUCAGUUUAAAUGCACUUGCCCAAUACACCAGUCCGCAGCUUCCACCUGAGAACCCUUGGAUCGAUCGUUCUCGUUCCAAGUCACGUUCCUCAACUCCGGGAUCUUCACCUAACCUGAACGGGUCCACUUUAUCUACUGUUUCGCCGCCGUCCAAGUCGCGAAAGAAGCAUCGUCCUCCAUCACGUCGGCUUAUUCGACACGUUCUUCGUGCACGUAUUGAGGCUGUCAAGUCCCUAGCGUCGUUAUUCGACCAGCUCGGAAGGCAGCCAGACAAACGUGUUCGUGCGUCUUCUCAUCUCGUCCGCCUAUUUGGUGGUGAGCUUGACUCAGACAAGCUCUCUCCUACUGACGGCGUUGGCGGUACGGUUGCGGUGAUUGAUGAACCUAUUGGGUGGCGAUCAGCGAAGGAGGUGUUGUCCUUCUUGAUCCAGCGGGGUGCCAAGAUUGGUGGAUUGGAGAGGCGGGUUGAAGGCGAUUGGGCUGCUGUGAGCAGUGAUGGUGAAGGCGAAGGGAUCGAAAUUGAGAGCGAUGCUUUGAAGGAAGGUUUGACCUGGGUACCACCGGCGCAUGACCAAUCUUAGUUUGUGUCUUAUCGACUUUCCCUAUGUUCCACCCCGGCUGGAUUAUCACACUUACAUUAUUUCCGGUACAUAGUACAGUAUUGGAGUUGUAUUCUUGGUUCUGUUUUGGUAGUCGAGAUGCCAUAGAGUUAUCUAUGUAUUACCGCCGCCGGACUUGUGCCAGUGUGCCGAAAUGUUAUCAUAGGACUCUAUCU